ACCAUCACUGACUGUCACCCGCAAAGGUUUGACAUUAUUCGUCAUCCAGCAGUGGAGAAAAAUUAAAAAAAAAUAGUUUUAUUAUUGUGCAAAAAAUCUAUAAAUAUUCCACUGUUUUCUAAAAUAAACUAUUAUAAAUAAAUUAAUACUUAAUAAGUUGUUUGUAAAACGUGUACAAGUUCAAAUUAUAUACAUAUAAAAGGUGCAAAAAGGGAACACACCUUAAAAGUUGUUUGCAAAAGUCAAAGCACCUACAGCAGCCGCAGAAAGAAAGAAAAAAAAAACAAAGUGAAAAAACCAUGGAUAGCAAAGGACGCAAUGUUAUAGUUUGCGAUAAUGGUACCGGUUUCGUUAAAUGUGGCUAUGCCGGUAGCAAUUUUCCCGCCCACAUAUUCCCCUCCAUGGUUGGCAGGCCAAUCAUUCGUGCUGUUAAUAAAAUUGGCGAUAUCGAAGUUAAGGAUUUACACGUUGAUGAUUUAAUGGUUGGCGAUGAAGCAUCACAAUUACGAUCACUACUCGAGGUAUCCUAUCCCAUGGAAAAUGGUGUUGUACGAAAUUGGGAGGAUAUGUGUCAUGUGUGGGACUAUACGUUCGGGCCGAAGAAAAUGAAUAUUGAUCCAACAAAUACGAAAAUAUUGCUCACGGAACCACCAAUGAACCCUCUGAAAAAUCGUGAGAAAAUGAUAGAGGUUAUGUUUGAAAAAUAUGGGUUUGAUUCAACAUACAUUGCCAUUCAAGCGGUUCUAACUUUAUAUGCUCAAGGUCUGAUUUCGGGUGUUGUUAUCGAUUCGGGUGAUGGUGUGACGCAUAUUUGUCCUGUCUAUGAAGAAUUUGCACUGCCACAUUUAACAAGACGUUUAGAUAUUGCCGGUCGUGAUAUAACACGUUAUUUAAUUAAGUUACUUUUAUUACGUGGUUAUGCUUUUAAUCAUUCCGCUGAUUUUGAAACAGUUCGUAUGAUGAAGGAAAAACUAUGCUACAUUGGCUACAACAUUGAAAUGGAGCAAAGAUUAGCACUUGAGACUACGGUACUCGUAGAAUCGUAUACCUUGCCAGAUGGUCGUGUGAUAAAGGUGGGCGGAGAACGUUUCGAAGCACCCGAAGCCCUUUUCCAACCGCAUUUGAUUAAUGUAGAAGGUCAAGGUAUUGCUGAAUUAGUAUUUAAUACUAUACAAGCGGCAGAUAUUGAUAUGAGACCAGAAUUGUAUAAACACAUUGUACUGUCUGGUGGCUCAACUAUGUAUCCCGGUCUACCCUCACGUUUAGAACGUGAAAUUAAACAAUUGUAUUUGGAAAGAGUUUUGAAGAAUGACAUAGACAAAUUAGCGAAAUUCAAAAUUCGCAUUGAAGAUCCACCUAGAAGAAAGGAUAUGGUGUUUAUUGGUGGCGCUGUUCUGGCUGAAGUUACUAAAGAUCGUGAUGCAUUUUGGAUGUCCAAGCAGGAGUAUCAAGAACAGGGCAUUAAAGUAUUACAAAAACUACAGAAAAUUACUGUUUGAAAAAAGAAUUUAAUUCUUUUGUAACAGCUUUAAUAAAACUGACAAGUCUAACGGGCAUUAUAUAUGGUUAAUUCGUUUUAAUGCCAGUUUUUUUAUACAUAUAUAAAACUACAAACAUCGUCAUUAAAGUAAAUGUAAAGCUAAAUGCUAAAGAAAACUUUCCAAAUCUUCCAAUGAAAAGAUAAUUAGCCUACUCUAUCUAUUCUUAUUCCCCUAAGUCGUUGUUAUACUUUUCUAUUAAACAAUCAUGUUUCUUUUUAUUUUUUUCUCUACUGUAUAUCCUUACUUCAAUAUACAUAUAAUUGUUUUUCUUUAACAAUUUGCAUUUAUGUAGGUCUCCCUUCCUUUUUUUAAUUUUCUGUAACCAAAUAAUUUCUGCCUUUUCUAUUGUUUGUGUUAAUAUAUAAUUUUUUUAAACUAAUUUUUUAUUUAAUUUUUAUUUUCAAGUAUUUUCUAGUAUUUUAUAUUAAUUUUUUUUUAAGUAAAUGAUCAAUUUUCAAUAAAAAAAAUUAUUACUGUAUCUUAUUUUCUAGAAAACAAGA